AUGAGCAAUCCCUCUCAGUUGACUCAAAAUGUUUGUCUCACCCAGGAGAUGGAACUCCAGAAGGAUUCCCCUCUCCAGCGGACCUUCAUAUCUGCCAUCCUCAACAUGCUAUCACUCGGCCUCUCAGCAACAUCCCUGCUCAGCAGCGAAUGGUUUGUGGGCACACAGAAGGUGCCCAAGCCCCUGUGCGGGCAAGGUCUGGCAGCCAAAUGCUUUGACAUGCCGAUGUCCUUGGAUGGGGUCGUCACCAACGCAUCCGCCCCGGAGAUGGUACAAUACACCUGGGAGACUGGGGAUGACCGGUUCUCCUUCCUUACCUUCCGCAGUGGCAUGUGGCUAUCCUGUGAGGAAACCAUGGAAGAGCCAGGGGAGAAAUGCCGAAGCUUCAUUGAACUCACACCACCAGCCCAGAGAGGUGAGAAAGGACUACUGGAAUUUGCCACGUUGCAAGGCUCAUAUCACCCCACUCUCCGAUUUGGAAGGGAGUGGUUGAUGGAGAAGGCCUCCCCUCUCCACCUCCCUUUGGGGCCAGUGACAAAAGUCCUCUGGUUCUCACUGGGUACCCAAAUCGCCUACAUCGGACUCCAAUUCAUCAGCUUCCUCCUGCUACUGACAGAUCUGCUGCUUACCGGUAACCCUGGCUGUGGACUCAAGCUGAGCGCCUUUUCGGCCAUCUCUUUAGUCCUGUCAGGCCUUCUGGGGAUGGUGGCCCACAUGAUGUAUUCACAAGUCUUCCAGGCCACUGCCAACUUAGGUCCGGACGACUGGAGACCACACUCCUGGAAUUAUGGCUGGGCUUUCUACAUGGCCUGGGUUUCCUUCACCUGCUGCAUGGCGUCAGCUGUCACCACCUUCAACACAUACACAAGGAUGAUGCUGGAGUUCCAGUGCAGGCGCAGGAAGAGUUUCAACCCCAACCCCAGUCGCAUUGACCACCACCACCGCUGUUUCCUUCCCCAGCUGGCAUGUGCAGCCCAGGAAGGGGGACCUUUGACCAGCUGCCAUCAGUGUCCCAACCAUCCCAUCCGCUCUGUCUCCGAAGGCAUUGACCUCUACUCAGCUUUACAAGACAAGGAAUUUCAGCAAGAGACCAGCCAGGAGCUAAAAGUGGCUGGGUCAUCCAUAGAAGAGCAGUGUUAG